AAAAGAUGGUGCGAGAUGUGAGAUUUCCUCUCCUGUUGCUGCUGGCGCUACUCUGUUCUCUCUGUAGCGCACCUCCACCUCCCGGUUUCACCUGGUUUGGGUGGUUUUCUGCUCAGCACAUACAGCCAAACCCUAACAUCUCAUGCAAUGCGGCAAUGGCAGCUGUCAACCAACAUCUCCCUCGCUGUAAGGCUGUAAACACCUUUCUGCACGACACUCCCCAAAAUGUGAUUAACGCCUGUACUCGGCGUAACAUAUGCUGCAGGAAUUGUCAGAACAACUGCCACCGGAGUGGGAAUCCUGUGACCGCGACUACCUGCCGGCUCAUUGGAGGGAUCUUCCCUCCUAACUGCCGCUACACGCCCGGUGGCAUGUUCUCAGAGUUCGUUGUGGCCUGUAAUCCACGACAGGCAGGCGACCCGCCAAAUCCGUGGGUUCCUGUACACUUAGAUUAGAUUUUCUAAAGUUUUG